AUCAAGCUUCUCAAAUUGAAGAAAUUAAAGACAAAAUGCCUAUCAAUAGAAAAAAUGUUAAUUAUGAAUAUGCUUCUGAAUGGUUAAAAACUAUUAAUAGAAUUACUACUGGUAUUAAUAUGAGUUUAAAAAAUUUUAAUGAUUUAGAAACUAAAUUUAAAGAUGAAACU